UAAAUCUGGCAUGUUUGUUUAUCGGGUAAAGUCACUAGAUAAAAAUAUCAAUUAAGAGUUUUUCCACCUUUAUUAUAUUUCUGGGAAAUAAGUGUAACCACGUAUUAGGUAAAGAAACUCAAUUUAAAAAUGGAAACCGUAGUAAUGUCUGCAGAGGGCAAAGUGGAUCGUUUUGUGGAAGAAGUUCUAUUUGAAGGUGAAUUAGCAGUUGCUUUUCAUGGAUUUAUUAUUCAUACGGCUGAAGAUCAAACAAAAAUACAAAAAAGAUAUCAAGAAAGUUUAAAAAAUAUGUUCUCCUCAUUUUCAGAGGAAGAAUUACCUCCUGCCUUAAGUCAUUAUGUUAAAUUAAUCAGCUCAACAAGUAAUCAACAAAAAGCACGUAUAUUAUUUUCUUUACUGGAGUUUGGAGUCACAAAUAAUUUUGUUCCACAAAGGUUAGUCUGUGAAACUUUACUAAAAUGUGAUGCUCUUGUCUACCAUAAUGAAGAUUUUUGGUGCCAGAGUUUUAUGUUGAUUGAUAAAAUCAUUGCUGGAGUUGAUUACAAAGGAGUUAGAGAUCUCUUAAAAACAAUUUUAGACAAAGCUCAUGGAAUUAAGUGUGCUAAUAAUGUUGCUGUAAUGAGUCAGCUGCGUGCAAUUCAGAAAGUUUUAGAAACAAUUUUUGACCGAAACACUUGUUUAUUGCCGAGCUAUUUAAUAUUGGAUGAAGUACAGAAAAAAAUACCUGCUAAAGGAUCAUAUCCUCAUUGGAAGUUUUCUAAACUGAUUUCAUCCUUUGUUGACAGUUUUAGGCCAACUGCUCAAAUGGUUUCAGUUUCUGUUUUUAUGGAAAUUGCUGGAGAUGAUACUGCAUAUGGAAAGUCUAAGCUUCUGCCCGUUGUUGGCCAUUCUGCAACUUUGGGAAAUGUUUGGAAACUAGACCCAGUCACAGCUAAAUCUCCUUUAAGAGGACUUUUGCCAUAUAACAAAGAACUUCUAGAACCCCAAACAUCUCUUUUGAGAUAUGUUUUAGAACAGCCAUACUCCAGAGAUAUGGUAUGCAGUAUGUUAGGGCUUUCUAAACAGCAAAAACAGAGAUGUCCUGUUUUAGAAGAGCAACUAGUGGAGUUAAUUGUUUCUGCAAUGGAAAAGUCUGAAAAUGAAACUGAAGCUAUGGAAGAUGGUGGUCCAACACAAUUAUUAUGGCAACAUCUUUCCAGUCAGUUGAUAUAUUUUGUGCUCUUCCAGUAUGCUAGUUUUCCGCACAUGGUUCUUGCCUUGCAUAGUAAA